AUGCAAAUUCGAGAACUCGCAGCAGCAAACCCAGAGGCAUUAAAAGGAGCAGGGGUUUAUAUGGUAUAUGCCCCUACGCCGGGGGAGGACGACGACCCCAAGAAGAAAGCAGCAGCACAGGGCGUGCUGGAUAUUGCAAUGGGAAUCGACAGUCCAGCAGCAAGCCUUCAAAGGAAAAGCGAAAAGAAAGCAGAAAACGAACUCAGCGCAAUGAUGAGCCCAGCCAACCAGGAAGACCUUGAGAGGACGAUGUCGCCUCAGGAACGCAUGAAUUAUGACCAACAAAGGAUCGCCCAACUUCGGCACGAAAUCGGAAUUCAGAGGAAGACAGUGGAAAGGGCCCGCGCGUUGAUAGCGUGA